AUGGGAGAUAACCCAUGCACUUUAGAGCGCUUGUACGAUCAUGUGACCUCACUACAGUACAACAUGGCUGCGUUAGCAAGAAGGUUGUUUAUAUCCACUGUGCGAAUACCCUGGUUUGCUGUCUCACGGACAAAAUGUACUUCGUCACAUCAGCUGUUGGCACCUCCAAGAUUUCUUAGACAGAGUCUCACAAAGAAAGAACAUUUCUCUUCCACUGUUCCUCGGUUAAAAAAAGAAACAGUGAACAUCUACUUUGUUACUGCUGAUGGAGAAAAGCUGGCAGCCAAAGCAAAAUUAGGAGACAACCUAUUAGAUGUUAUUAUAGAAAAUGAUCUGGACAUAGAUGGAUUUGGGGCCUGUGAGGGAACCCUGGCCUGCUCCACCUGCCACCUGAUCUUCAAACCUGAGCAAUUUGAGAAAAUCCCUGAUAAACCCACAGACGAAGAGCUGGAUAUGUUAGACCUGGCCUUUGGUUUAGAGGAUACAUCCAGGCUUGGGUGUCAGGUGUGUGUGACUAAAGACAUGGAGGGCUGGGAGAUCAAGGUACCCGUGGGUGUGGCAGAUGCCAGGAACGUUUGAGAAUGGCUUAGAUUUAGGCCUGCUCAAAUUCUGCCACCUUGUGUACAGCUAUGUGCCACCCAAGUCAGCUUCUGGCAAGCAUUUGCAAUUUCUGAUGUUGACAUGGCUUGGAAUAAAAUAUUCUGAACCUCACCUUGGUUAAGUUCAGAAUCACCAAUUUAAAUAUUUGUUUUAUGAGCAGAAUGACUGUUUUUUUUUAAUGUCACAGGAGGAUAAAAAAAUAAAAAUAAAAGUGAUAAUAUUUUUUUUCUUUAGUGCCAGAAGAGGGUAAAAAAUAAAAAAGACUACAACUGACAAAUCCCAUAAUUCAUGGAAAAUGUGGACUGUCCAAGAAAUUGUUGCUGUUUGAGACCUAUUAACAUGAUGGGAAAGGCUUGAAAAACAGGGAAAUCAUUACAUAACAGUAGAUUUUCAGGGCGUUUUUUUUUUUUUCCUCUCCUCAUUUUGUUUUUUCAGUCUCGACUAGCCUAUAAAGCGCACAAUAGAAUUGGUGUCACCUAAAGAUGAUUUUGGAACUUCAAAUUUAUCUUGUGAUUGAGCUUCGUCCAUUUAUGUCUGAGUUACUGACGGUGUGUUAACUCAACAUUUAAUAACUUGGUGAACUGUUUCCACCUAACUGGUUUUGUGGUUCUGCUCUUUGGACCAUAUAGACAAAACACUAGAUGAUUUUGAGCGUCAUUUCAGCUGUUGUCUUCAUGAGUUAUGUUGUAUUAAUUAUCUGAAAUUGAGGAAGUAUUUUAAUGUACAAGUAUGAAUAAAUUUUAGCACAUGCGUAUAUAGGAGUUAUCAUCACUUCACAUUUUUAACUGCAGCAUAACACUCAUGAGUCCAAAUUCUUACAUGUAAAUAAAGCACUGAACAUUAAUAUAAAAAGUAAAGAAUUUUACAAAUGAUCAUAGGAAUAAAUGUAUAAAUUGAAUCUCAGUUAUUCAUUUAGCUGGUACUCUAUUUCUGAAAUUUUCUUGAGUAGGAGCAAUCAAGUAAAUAAAGAAGGUACUCAAUUUCAAAUAUAAUUGCUAGUUGUUUUGCAUUACCCUUGGAAUCAGGCUUCGUGAUAUUCAGGCACUUAUUCAUUUUGCAAAUAUUCAUCGUCUCUGUUAUCCACAGUGU